CUUUAGUUGACUCUUUUGACGAUAAAAUCAAGCUUUUGGCAUUCUCUAUGGAGCCAUCAUCAGGAUUCUGAAAACACAAUUGUGAUGCUAGCAAAGAAAACAGGACAGAUUUAAAAUGUCAGAUAACUGACUCGUCGGUAAGGUUGCAGCCACAAGGCGUUUCAGAAAGAACCUAGAGAAGAUCGAACUUGUGAUUAGUAUAAAAACAAAAGGACGGGGACAUUGGGCUUGUUGAAAAACGACAGAUACCUUCGUUAAAAGUUAAGAAAAAAUAAAAAUUAUAUCAAUACACCCGAACAAGUUAAAAAUAUUACACGUGGGGAGACAUUUUGUUGAAACAAUCGGAUGCAGUCCCAGCCUUCUACUACUGCUACACGUGGAGAAGGGGAAGCAGUGCUGCCACGCUUCUACCCACCAAUGUCGGUAGAUCUCAAAAAAUAAAUCGGUAUUUGAGCAAUGGAAAACAAAUACUUUAUGAAGCAAUGAAAAACAAAUACUUUAUGAAUAAAUAUAUUUUAUUCAUUACUGAUCAGUUUCGGGUAUCAGAAGUACACAAAGAAUCUAAAUAUACAUUGUUAACGUAAUAAAACAAGAACAACAGAACAAUAUAAAUCGAUAAUUAUUAAGUUGUUUAGUCAUUUUCACUCUCUUCAAUACCUUUUAGUGUUUUAUUAUCCAUUUUUAAAAUAAGUUCUUUGCUUAUUUUAAAAUUGAAACACUUAUUAUUACCUAAGUACUGUUUAGUAUGUACUAAUCCCGUAAUUGUCUUUGUAUUUAAAGAAUUUCUUUGUUUCGUUUUCAUUAGGUUAAUUUCUGAGAACCUUCUUUCAACAUUGGCGGAAGAAUGGGGUAAACACAAUAUAUUAAAAGCGAAUUGGCUUAAAAUUGGAAACAAAGGCGUAUCGUCACCUAAGCGAUAUUCACUUACUUCCUGCCAAAAUGUCUCGACUUGAUUAGAUAAUUUUACAAUAUCGGUAUUACGCAAAAGACGCCAUUCGUUAUCAAGUGAUUGAAGCGCUUCUUCCUUAAUUAAGUUUGGAAAAAUCCUGGCCACAUCUGAAAUAGAAGGUAUAACUCCUGUUUUGACAUUUACGGGAUCGAGAAAACUAAACAAUUUAAUUGGAUUAUUUUUAAGCGGGAAACGAGUAAGGAUUUGAUCACAACUUUCAAUAUAAAACUCUAAACAUCUAAGCCUAAAAAAAUGUAUUUGCUCGCUGGAUAUUGUAAUUUCUGAUAAUGUUUUUGCCACAUUAGCU